AUGCGCCGCCAAACACCCAUCGCCCACCUCCUCUACCACCACCUCUUCCCCCACCCCUCCCCAACCGACCCUCCCACCUUCUCCGCCCACCUCGCCCGCAACCUCGUUCCCGAAGUCCGCAUCGAAGUGCAAACAUUCUACGGCGACCUUAACAGCACAGAAGCCCGCUACCCUGGCCUCAACUACUGCCAUCCACCCCACCGCAUGCGCCUGGGCCGCUUCAAGCACCACCGCCGCCUCUUCGAAGCGUUCGACACGCUCGGGCUGACGCACGGGGAAAUCCAGGAGUUCUGCUGCUGGGAGGGCACGAAGUGGGCACGAGAGCGGUAUGAGAAGGAUGAGGGGAUUAAGGUGAAGGAUACGACGGGAGAUGAGAUCGGGCCGUUUGUGGAUCGCAGGGAGGUGUGGGCGAAGGAGGAGGGGAGAAGGAGGAGCAUCACGCGGAAGACGGACAUUGAGAUCGUGGUGGAGGAUGCGACGGGGAGUGCACAUCAGCAGAGGCAGCAGGCGAUCGAAGAGGGAGAGAGUGAGGAGGAUGAACCAAUGUCUGAUGCUACGUCUGCGGACCCAGCGGAAGAGGACGGUGACGAGACGCCUACGGAAGCGGCGGCACGACGCGAACACAUUUCCCAACUCCAGCACCGACGCGAUGCGAGCAUCAGCCAGCGCAUCCGCGCCGCGUAUCGGGCUGGUCAGCGUUUGCCGCCGGAGAUCGAGGAGUUCUUGAAGCUGGAAAGUGAGCGUGGAGUGAGGGAUCCGAGUCUGGCGCAUCUGAUGGGCAGGCGUGGGAUGGAUGAGUUUGUGGCACAGUCAGGAGGGAGUAGUGGUGGGAGAGCGGCUGCUUAG